ACUCAAAGCAAGGAUAAGCGGAUUCACCGGUAACUUCGAUAGCACACGAAGUGUUCUUUCGAUGAAAUUCGUCGAUAGAUUGCUGUUGUUCCGACAUCAAAGCAUCGCCUGGCAGCCGUCGUACAUCUACACCAAUACACGCUCGGUCUCAUAGUGCAGCUCGAAACUCCUUUUUGUACCGGCCCUCGGUCAAUCAGAGAUUGAAGUCGCUACAAUCAAUUACCAGCCGAGCAGCGGGGGGAUGAGCAGCAGACUAGCACCUUCAGUCGGAUGGAUCAGAUCUCCAGAAGGAUCUUGUGUGGAAGCCGCAAACCAACAUUCCCGUUCGCGACCAUGUAGCCGAAGCAACGCUAGGCAGCCAGAGUCCUCUGCCUUUCGGUGUGCGUGGAGCAGUUUCUCUUAAAGACGGACAACAGUUGCAACGGAUAAUGGCACCUAGUGUACUCCCUUGCCCAGUUUUAUUCUCCCGAUCUAGCUUAGGGUGUGCUCGGACCUGUCUACAGAAUUGCUAUGUGCCAAUAAGCAACGACAGCACACUCUGGAGCAAGUAGAUAUAUAUAGUUUGUCUAUGGCGGAAGAGAAAGAGUCACGUCGAACAGCGGACUCCGUAAUCGUAGACGAUGUGGCUAGUCAAUAGCUUACAAGUUGCAUCUGCUUUUAUCGCUGUUCAUCUCAGCCAUCCCUCGAUCAAGCCAUGCCUAUCCUUUGCUUUCUACACGCCGCUAGUUGUUCAUUGCCUAUUACUGUUGUUGUUAUUAUUAUUGUUAUUAUCUAUGUUACGUUAUUCUUAGCCAUGGACGUGAAGUUGGGCGGUUAGUUUGCGUUAGUUUGUUUGUAUUUGGCUCAGUCGCUCGUCUUUACACUUACUUGCCCUUGGUGCUGCCUGUUACCCUAAGCAUAGAGGGCAAACAGAUGAAUCCGCUUAGUGUUGCCAUCGCAUGAACCGGACUACGUGGGCAAGGAGCGGGGCAGGGGCAGAGUCAGAGCAACCAGGUGAAAAUGACCACGCAGGCUCUCGUAAGCCGGUUCAUUCAAUGGCCGUGGGAAUCGCUUCGGAUCUCAGAUAGCUAGUACAGUUGCGUUGAAACAUGUACUUAAAUAAGCCUUCAUUUGAAGAUGUUUAGAGUCUGCCGUAGGGAUAUUCUGACUUGUACGGGGCCUGUGAACGCUCGGUGAUAUGAAUGAUCUAGUCAGUCUGACCUCGCAGCAGUGCGUCGCUUCAGAUACCGAACGCGCGAAGAACGUGUAAUACUGCAAAUACAGCCAAGGUGCCAGUGCAUAUACUUCGUAACGAUUCUUGACCGCAAAAAUCAUAUCAUAACCUGAAAGUAAAUCAACAAAGAAGAGGAAAUACAGGAAUGUAUUUCUUUACCAGCUGUAGCAUCAUCCAAACGGCCGAAUAAUCAACUACUCAAACGAAAAUCAGUCUUGUAAGUAAAAUGGCGUUAUGCGCCAAUGUAUUCCACAGUUUGCACUGAGUUAGAUUAAAUGCAGGCACUGAUUUAAUAAUAUUUUUUAUGUGUCUAGAGGUAAGCACAUAGGCGUUUUUUUCUUGCAUUUGUGUACGAAUUCGAAUGGUUAGCCCAGGAAUACAGGUGCUAUUGCGGCCACGACGCAAACAACGCAAACAUUAAGCAACGAAACGGAAGACAACUCUAGUUCCAUUAACGGAAGAUAACCCGUCGUUCCUGCACUUAGCUAUUCUAAAUUCCAUAGAAAGUUAUAUGAAUGCUACAUAAUUUGUAAUAUUGAAAAAUCUCGGUAUUGCUGCUUUUUUUUUAGCCGCUUUAUCUAGUCCAAUUGCAACGACGAACGACAAAUUGAAGCGUACAAUUAUCUAACAUCUGUCAUUGUGUCGCAGCUGUUUAAUCAACAAUAUACGCAACGGUUUGUUUGCAUUGGGCUGAAACGUUUAGGCGCCAAUACUCCCUGCUAGCUAAAAUUGUAUAGCCCUCGAUGCAGUGAGGUUAUAUCCGUGAGAAGAUUCCGUGGACCGGAAGUGCGACGAUAUUCACGCUAGACAAACACAACUACAUACUAUGGCCUUCUCAUCCUGCAACGAACAGAUCUUCAGCAUGAUUUGGUUCCGCAAUAACUUUGGCUAAACAGCUAAGCUAACCAAUGGAUAUUAUGUACUCGAUAUCAUUGACCAGUCGCACAGUCUGCUAGAUGGAACUUCUCCUUUGGAAGUAGUAAAGAUCAGUUGUGUUUGUCAAUCGCAGUGCGCGCCAUGAGGAAGACUGGAGCCUGAUCACUUUGCGGACGUUCGCACAUUGUGUUCGGGUAUACGGCUCCAAUGGCGCACGAUCAACUGACCGGCGAUCAUGACUGACCCAAAAUUACGGAACUUCAGUAUCCGAGUGAUCACCUGGAACGUUGCGGGAACAUCACCAACAGAAAAUCUUCGGAACCUCCUUGGAGUACGGAAACCCUUUGACAAAAAUAGCCUACCUGACUUAUACGCUGUUGGAUACCAGGAGGUGAGCAUGAGGCCCCGGAAUGUGCUCAGCGAAAUGCUCCUUGAACAGGAGUGGAUCACUCCGCUACGACAAAUAUUAGCGGAGCUUGAUUAUGUUAAAUUAAUUAGCUAUAGACUUCAGGGACUUGUAUUAGCGAUAUUCGUGCGGCGAAUGCAUCUGCACCAUAUCAGAAAUAUAUAUUCUACUUGUGUGCGCACUGGGGUGCUGGGCUCUUGGGGGAAUAAGGGCGCGUCAAUUGUUUCCCUUCGCGCGUACGGUGCGUCAAUGAGUUUUACGAACUCACAUUUGGCCGCCCAUGAUCAUGGGUACAAGCGAAGGCUCGGUGACUAUGCUGCAAUCGCAACGACUGCCUGGUGUGGACCCAAUGGAUGCUACAUUCUGGACCAUGACUACGUGUUCUGGUUUGGAGACCUUAAUUUCCGUCUUGACGAAAGGAUUACUAUCGACGAUCUCCGAAAAGCUAUUAAAGAUGAAGCUGUAAUGGAGAUGCUCCAAUAUGAUCAGCUUCACCGGGCACAACGCGAUGAGGACGCGUUUGAAACGAUGACUGAAGGCAAAAUUUCGUUUAAACCUACCUUUAAGUACCAAACUGGAACGACGGACUUUAGGCUUAAAACUCGCAGGCCUGCUUGGACGGAUCGCAUCCUCUACCGAUGUAAUGAAGAUACGUAUCAAGGAAAUAAAUUCGAUAUUACUGCCCAUGAAUAUCGCUCUCAUGAAGACUAUGUGCAGAGCGACCAUAAGCCCGUUUCAGCACUAUUCACUGUGAAGGUCUUCAGUAACGACACUGUGUUUGAUCGUGUGUAUUUUUUUAACACUAGUGACUGGAGCAUCAGUCGAGGCUUUGAACUGUGGUUCUGUACUCCAACCAAUGCACAACCGCAGAACUUGGACUGGAUAGGGCUGAUGCAGGAAAACUUUACUACCCUGGAUAAGUAUUUGGCCUACAUUUGGGUAGAUACGCGACCUAUGGACACGAUUUCAUUCCCCGAUGACGAGAACCCGAUCCUGCCAACACCGCGCCAUGUGUACCGGCAGACAUUCUCCGAUCAGAUGGUCGUUCUUCCCGGUACUUAUCAACUGGUGUAUUUCCGCUCGAAAUGCGACGUCCUUGGGGUUUCUGAUCCUUUUAAGUAUGAGACUGAUCUUAUCGAGGAGGUCAUAAUGUACCUGAGCGUGUUUGAACGUGAUCUGCUGCUAUUGAUGAGGCAAUCAAAACAAACGAUUGAUACUAUGGGCGAACUAAGAACUUUUGUUGAAAGCCACUGAAAAGGUUUGUUGCAAUUCAGCUUCUUUGUAUAUAAUCGUUCGGAAAAAUGUAACGUGGGCGAAGAAAACUGUAACCAUCUGCGAGUAUCUGCCGCGUUCAUUAGCUGUAAGAGUGCAAACAGACUAGGCACUAUUUAGAAAAGUGGGGUGGCAAUCACUGUUCUUUAUUCAAGCCAUCAGACAUUCCCAUAAUUGUUAACCAUAGCUCAUAACAAAAAAAAUGUUAUGCCCCUUACAUAAGUUGUUUUAAAUAAAGGGAACCUUUUCGGAUUUAUGCGAUCGAGAAAAGGCCUAUUAAUCACAUAUAUGAAAACAGACGUCUCAACGAGUGAACGUUUUUAUAGGUGUUGAGUUACUGGGGUGACCUCAAGUGGGAAUCGCUUGUCCUAAGUUAAAUAAAAAUCGUAUGCAAAUGGUCUUUUCCUUUUAGAGGUUAUUUUCAUUAAUAAACUUUUUUUAAUUUGAUAAAUUCUUAGUUUAUACACCGCGAUAAUACUUGGUUACAUGAGUGUUCAAUUUCAGAUUCUGGACUGCGCUCAUCUCCAGUGAUCGGUUCGACGCCAUAUAGUUGCGUGAGGCCAGUGGCCAUUAGACAGGCCGUGGAUAGGGCGGACAACGCCAUGACACUAUCUAGGUGUUAUUAUCAUUGUUUUUACGGUUAAUCGUAUAGAUACACUGUUUUAGUCUCUGUACACAUUUCACACACUUUCGCUAUAACUUUGUGCAAUCAUAUUAUAACCGGGAUCAAUUAGAUAGUAACAACAAGUUUCGAUUGACCUUCCCAUCUAUUUUUAUCAUUUGUUGAUUUCUGCGGCAGUUUCGCAUCAAUAUCAACUUGAUUCACGAAAGCCACCCGACAUGCCAUGUGGGAAUACGCUUCUCACGAAUAUCUUAUUCCAUGCACAUGUAACCAAGUAGUCGACAUUAUCUCUGUAGGUCUACGGUGUGCCUGUUCACUCAUCUAAAUAAAGAGAUUAUAGCAAAAACGUGUCGCCUACCGCUUGGAGGCACGAAACACAAUUUUAGCACUAUAUAUACGUAUAUAUAGCGCAAAUUUCUUAUAUGCGUAUAAAACAUGUUGAACAAACUGCAAAAAAGAUACAAAAUAGGUCUAUUUUGUGACAGUGUAUUUUAUACUGUCAUUCACUUUGCUCAAUAAAGAUUAAAAAUCACUGAAGGAAACAAUA